UAUAUUAUAGUUGAGCAUGCUUAGGGCAUACACAAAAUGCCUUCCUUUCACUGGGACAGCAGAGCGUUGAUUGUGAUUAUUUUUGGGACAGUGACCGUAGUGCUUUGGAUACUAUGCAUUUGGCAACUUGUUCUCAGGUUUAAAUCAGAACCCUCACCUCCAUCCCCUUCACCCUGUGAAAACAGUGGAGCCUAUGAAAAUGGAUUGUGCCUUUGCCCAGGGGAAUGGACAGGGCCACGCUGUGAAACAGUGAAUUUCUGUGGCAAUAGUACUUACUUAUUCAACUCUUCUCAAAACUCUUCAGAAAUUUUUACUUUUAAAAGAAUUAUAGUAGACUCAUAUGGGUAUUCUGAAGAAAAAUGUGAAGAUGCUGGAAAUGCUGCUACUCCAAAAGCAAGCAGGAAAUGCUCCAAAAUAAGUGGAAAACCUACGCUAGCUGAUGUGAAAAUUAUGAAUUGUAGUAGGAACCUGACAACGCUAAUGGACGAGUUACGCAACACAGAUACCUCAAAGGUGAACAUUUCUGCCAUUGCCAGUGAUACCCAGAUCCUUACUUCCAUGCCAGAGACGCUGACUACCGAGAAGAUCUCUACAGCUGCUGAUAUUGUGGAGCAGAUUCUGAAAAAUCAGUCUGGGGCAACUGAUGCUGCAGUGGCUGCAGUGGUAACAGUUAGCCAACUUUUGGAUGCCAGAGAGAGUGAAUUCAACUUUACAAACAAUAAUUUUACGGAUAUUACAGCAAGCCUCACACAGACACUGGAAGAAUUCUCUUUGGGUGGCUCUUCUGUUCAGCCCAAUAUUGCAGUUCAAAACCUUUCAUUGGAGGUAGGAUCAACUACAGCUUUUCUCUCUGUAAAGAAAGGAUCAAAAAAUUUACAGUCUGAAAAUAUUAAAGUAGGUAACAGUGUCUCUGACUUUAAAAAUGAUGCCAAUACUGAAGUUCAAAUACUGAUCAACAUUACAAACAACAACACUGUAGGUUCAUCUAUACCUGGAAGCAUUGGCUUUGUCUUAUAUCAAAAUGAUAAAUUUUUCCAAUCCAAAACUUACAGGAGUCAUUAUAAUUAUACUAAACGAAUUAUCUCUGGCAGUGUUGCUAAUGCAACAGUCAAUGACGUCCAAAUAGUCUUCAACCCAUGGUACAAUCCAUCGAUUCUGCUGCACAAUUAUGCAUGUGUCUUUUGGGAUUACAGUGAAAAUGACUGGAACACCAAAGGCUGCAAAAAAGAAGGAGACAUACUACAGGGACUAAGAUGCAGGUGUAAUCACACUACUAGUUUUGCUGUAUUAAUGAGCUUCAGGAUCAAUUACACAUAUGCAAAACCUCUAGAGAUUGUCUCAGACAUUGGUAUUGGAUUCUCCAUUGGUGGUCUGGUUAUUACCAUUCUGUUUCAAACUCUCACCUGGAAAACACGAAAAUUCUCAGUUACUUGGAUGUUGGUGAAUCUCUGCACAGCUAUGCUGAUUUUCAACAUCAUCUUCAUCUCUGGAAUUGAAAACACAAAUGUCAUGAAAAAGAACAAUGGCACUCCCCCUGAAAACACCUUACUUCAUUCGGACCUGAAAGAUCCUCCUGAAAAUGCCUUGUGUACGGCUGUAGCUGUCUUACUGCACUACUUUUUGUUGGCAACAUUUAUGUGGACAGCACUCAAUUCUGCACAAUUGUACUUGCUGCUGCUUAAAACCCUGAAGCCCCUUCCUGGACACUUCACCUUAAUCAUGUCAAUAAUUGGAUGGGGAUUUCCUGCUGUAGUGGUUGCUAUAACAUUUGGAGCUACUUACAGAGACGGCAAGCACUUAAACUACCGACAAGAAGAGUUUUGCUGGCUUGCAGCCCUGGAUAAAAAUGGGAAUGUGAGCAAAGAAAAGCCCAUGAUAUGGGCAUUCCUUUUGAUAGUGGCAAUCAUCCUUCUGUUUAACAUUAUCGUCUUUGUCAAGAUCACAGUCUUAGUUAUGUGGAAGGAGAACACAAAUUUGACGAGCAAUAAAAAGAAAUCAUUCACAACCAAGAUACUUGGGACUUUAUCUGUAGCUGUAGUGCUUGGAAUCACCUGGGUCCUGGGCUAUCUAGUGCUAAUAAAUAACAAAGAAGCAAAUUAUGUCUUCAGCAUUUUGUUCUGUAUUUUCAAUGCCACUCAGGGACUUCAGAUUUGUAUUCUAUACACUUUCAGAUCACCAAUCUUCAAGAAGAAGGUUACUGAGAUGUUGUCCUUUGUCUCACCACCAGAGAUACCAAUUUACCUGCAUUCAAAGACUUAUUAUCUUUUAAAGUUCCGUCAUAAAAAAUACAAAAAUGAGACCUUCAAACCAUCUGAGACCUUUUCAGAGGAAACCUCCUUUUCCAACAAUUAGACACCUUCCAAGAAUUAAAAUGUAAAAUUUCAGCUUUCUGUAUUUGUUCUAGAUAGAGACCAUUGGUUUUUUGGGUGAUGUGACUACCUCUCCUGCAACAAACACUGGGCACAUAGCAGAAGACAAUAGGACAACCAGAAAAAUGUAAGGCAGGAUAACAGCAGUGCAGAGCCUAUGUAUGGCACUGUAGUUGUACACAACUAAGAAAGUUCUUACAAGAGAAAUUGAAGAUCAUUAUAAUACUGCACAAAAUAGUCAUGUCUGUCUGUUCUCUAAAUUGCAUCUCUUAGGAUAUGUCUACACAGCAAAGUUAUUUCAAAAUAACAGCUGUUAUUUCGAAAUAACUUUACCAGUGUCUACACAGCCAAACUACUACAGGCAGU